AUGCUUACAGCCAUUGUCUGGAUUAAUCGUUUUCAGUCUCGCAGGCCCUGUAAGCUUCAGGCGAAUGUUGGCUGGGCCAGCAGCACUCUCUUAUGUCGCACCAGCAGAUGGGCUCCAGCUUCCAUGUCUCGAGUGGCCCAAAUUCCAUCGGUUCAGUGCGGCAGCAGCAACCCCACCCCCCGCCGCGACGGCGCGAGCAUUUCCACCGCCUCCAGCCGCGCGGAAGACCUCGACGCAGCAACCGCCAAGCCCGGCCGCUCGGCCAGGGCUCGCAAGGAUGCUACUGACGAGGACAACGGCAGCGCUGUUGAGAAAUCCGACCCCAUUCGCCGACGCACCCGCGCGAGCAGCAGCAGUGGAGCUAAGGACAAGAAGAGCAAGACGGCUAAAGGUGACGGAGACGCGGAGGAGCAGGCGGACGCAGCGGCUGGGGGGGUGUCGGGGGGGGAGAGGAGGCGGAAGAGCAAGGCGGCGCUGAGCGAGAAUGAGAUUCGGCUGGCGCAGCUGCGGCAGGAGCUGCAGGCGGCGCUGGAGGAGCGGCAACGCCUCGCCGCGUUGCUGCAAGGGAAGGCGGAACCGGAGGAGACGGCAGCUGCGCAGGUCACGCGCACGCCUGUGGGAGCGGGGGAGGCGGCCGCAGCAGCAGCGGUGCGGAAGGCGUCCGCGGAAAGGGCGCGGGACGAGUCCUUGGCGCUGAAGAAGGAGCGCGAGGCGCUGAGAGCGGUGCAGGCGGCGGAGAAGGCGGAAGAGGAAGCUGCGCAGGCGCGCGAGCGGGAAGAGGCCGCGGCGGGGAUGCGCGAAGUCGCAGCGUCGCGCGCGCGCGCUGACGCAGAGGCGAAGGCUGCGGAAGAAACAGCGGCGAUGGCGAGUCGUGAAGCGGCCGCACGGGCAAGGGAGGUUGCAGAGGCGCGCGCGAGGGCGGAAGCCUUAGCGAGGCAGCGAGCAGAGGCGGAGGCGAAGGCGCGGGCGGAAUCAGCGAAAAUGGUGGAGCUGCCGCGGCAAGAGCAGCUGCGGAAGCUGCAGCAGGAUCACGAGUUCAUCGCCGCGAAAAUGUUCUUCUACCCCGGGCAGGUGGAGCCGGGCAAGCCCGUCGAAAUCUUCUUCCACCGCCCGGCGAGCGUGCUGAAGGACAAGUCGGGCGUGAACGUGGUGGGCGCGUUCAACAACUGGCAGUGGCAGCCGUUCAAAGCGGAACUCAAACCGUCCGCCGAGGUGCCCAACGACUGGUGGACGUGCCGCAUCCACGUCCCGGAAGAGGCGUAUCAGGUGGACUUCGUGUUCCACAGCACGGACAACGUGUACGAGAACAAUGGCGGGCAGGACUUCUACAUCGCCGUGACUGGCGGCAUGGGCGAGGCGGAGUUCGAGACCAUGCUUAACGAGCGCAAGCGGGAGGAGGCGGAGCGGGAGGCCGCGGAGGAGGCGGAGCGGGAGAGGCGCGCGGCGGAGGAGCGCAGGGUGGCGAAGCUGAAGGCGCAGCAGGAGGCGGAGCGGAAGCAGGCGCGCGACAUGGCGAAUGACACGCGGAACCGGCUGGGGGAGAUGCGGCGCACGUGUGGCACGAGUCUUCAGGGCGUGUGGCGCGUGGAGGAGGUGGGGGGGACGGAGGGGGGUGAGCGCGUUGUGCGGCUGCUGUAUAACAGGGCGGGGCGACCGCUGGCGCGGAGUGGCGCGGUGUGGGUGCACGGGGGGGUGAACGGGUGGCAGGACGGGCUGUCCGCCACGGGCGAGCUGAAACCAGAUAACCAGGAGAACGGCGACUGGUGGUCCGUGCAGUGUGAGUGCCCCUCCCCCUCUCUUUUCACCUGCAGUGUAGCCUCUUCCGUCAGGCCGCAAUGCGUCUCAUUCAUACCUUCCCCUCCUCCGUCCCCCUCCCGUUCGUCUUCCUCCUACCUCCCUUCCCUCAUCCCCCGGUCCCCCCUUCGUUCCCGACUCCCUCAAUGGCGGAAGGACUGGUUAGCGGAGCGCCUCCUUUCCCCGUUCCGCUCGAAACUAGCCUACAGCAUCUCACCCCGCCAUCCUCCCUCCAUGCUCCCCUCAUUCACCCCCUAUUCCACCCCCAUCCCCUCCCCUCAUUUUCUUCCCCCAGUGACGCUGCCGGCGGACGCAGUGGUGCUGAACUGGGUGAUGGCGGACGGGGCGGUGGGCGCGGCGGGGGCGUACGACAACAACGGGCGCAAGGACUUCGCCGCCAGCGUGGGCAGCGACGAGGAGACGAGGAAGCUGUUUGACGACCUGGAGGAGCGCCUGCUGGCCAAGCUCGAGAGGGAACGCAUUGAACGCGAGGAGCGCGAGGCCCAGGAGGAGGCUCGGCGUUUGGAGGCGAAGCGGGCGAUGAAGCGGCGCACGAUGGAAACCUUCCUGCAGUCGCAGGCACAUGUGUUCUUCACGGAGCCCGCUGAGCCGCGUGCCGGGGAGACGGUGCGCGUGUUCUACAACCCCCAGAACACCGUGCUGCAUGGGCGGCAGGACGUGUGGAUGCGUGGGUCCUUCAACCGCUGGACCCACCGCACGGGGUGCUUCCUCCCCGUGCACAUGCGCCCCGCCUCCAACGGCAUGCACCUGGUCGGCGAGGUGACCGUCCCCCACGAUGCAUUCAUAAUGGACCUGGUGUUCAUGGACAGCAGCGACCCCAACGUGGCGGCAUACGACAACAGGGGUGGGCUGGACUACCACGUGCCCAUUGUCGCCAGCACCACCAAGGAGCCGCCUCUCUACAUCGUGCAUGUUGCCCUCGAGAUGGCUCCCAUCGCCAAGGUGGGGGGUCUGGGCGACGUGGUGACGUCGUUGUCGCGGGCCAUCCUGGAGCUGGGGCACAAGUCGGAGGUCAUUCUGCCCAAAUACGACGUCCUCAAAUACGACUGCAUCCAGGACCUGCAGGACCGGGGGUCGUUUGCAUGGGGCGGCACCAACUGGCGCAUGUGGUUUGGCUACGUGGAGGGCAUCGGCGUGCACUUCCUUGAACCCGAGAGCGGCAUAUUCUGGGUGAACUGCAUCUACGGGCGCAAGGACGACGGGGACCGCUUUGGCACGUUCUGCAACGCUGCGCUUGAGAUGCUCGUGCAGACCGGCAGGCAGCCGGACAUCCUACACUGCCACGACUGGUCGUCCGCCCCGGUGGCAUGGCUGCACGCGGAGAGCUACAAGCAGUACGGGCUGGGCAAUGCGCGCACCGUGUUCACCAUCCACAACCUUGAGUUCGGCCAGGCGCUCAUCGGCCGCGCCAUGGCUGCCUGCAACAUGGCCACCACUGUAUCGCCAACAUACGCGUGGGAGAUCGGGGGCCACGGGGCGGUGGCAGCGCACCGGGGCAUGUUCCACGGCAUCCUCAACGGCAUCGACCCCGACAUUUGGGAUCCCAUGACCGACCGCUUCCUGCCGAUGCGGUACUCAGCGGAGGAGGUGGUGGAGGGCAAGCGAGCGGCCAGGGACGAGCUGCGGCGGCGGCUGAACCUGGCGUUUGACGACCGCCCCGUUGUGGGCAUUGUGACGCGGCUCACGGCACAGAAGGGCAUCCACCUCAUCAAACACGCCAUCUGGCGCACCCUCGACCGCGGCGGCCAGGUGGUGCUGCUGGGGUCAGCACCUGACCCGCGGGUGCAAAGCGAGUUUGAGCACCUGGCGGGGCAGCUGAACAACUCGCACAACAACAUGCAGCGCCUCUGCCUCAACUACGACGAGCCCCUCAGCCACCUGAUCUAUGCGGGGUGCGAUAUGAUUCUGGUGCCAUCCAUUUUUGAGCCCUGUGGCCUCACGCAGCUCAUCGCCAUGCGCUACGGUGCCGUGCCCGUCGUGCGCAAGACAGGAGGGUUGAACGACACGGUGUUUGACGUGGACAACGACCACGACAGGGCCAGGGCGCAGGGCAAGGACGUCAACGGCUUCUCCUUUGAGGGCGCCGAUGCCGCCGGCCUCGACUAUGCCCUCGACAGAGCCAUAUCUGGGUGGUAUGACGGACGUGAGUGGUGGAAUGGGUUGGCCAAGCGGGUCAUGGAGCAGGACUGGACUUGGAACAGACCGGCGCUCGACUAUCUCGAGCUCUACUAUGGCGCUAGGAAAUGA